AUGUCCCUCCGCGCGCGGGCCCGGCUUUUCCUCAUCGCCCUCGUCGUCGCGCGCGUCCGUUUCGCCGCGGCCGCGAUCGACAUCGCGAACACGUCGACCGUUUCUUCGAGUGUCCCGGUCGAUGCCCGCGGCCUGAGGCUGGACGUCUUCACGUAUCCCGUCGCGCCGACGCGCGUGCCGGACGUGCGCGGCGCGGCGCCCGCGCACACGGCCAACGUUACGUCGAUCGAUGUCUCGAGCCUGCCGCUGGCGAGCGGGCAAACCGUCGAUGCGAACGCGCUGGCGCGCUUUCGAGGACGCCUGCGCGCGAACGUCACCGGCGCGCACCUGUUCGCGCUGGAAGCGAACGCCGGCGGUGCGCUGCGCGUCAACGGUGGAGUCGUCGCGAGCAGUGAGAGCGGGGGGAAUAUUACGGGUUGGAAAUAUUUGGAAGCGAAUGUAGACGUGGAGAUCGAGGCGAUCACGUACAACGGCGCGAGCGGGACGUUUUCGGCGAAGCUGUAUUGGCGAGCGCCGCUGAGCGCGGCGCUCGCGGUGGUGCCGGCGGAGCAUUUUUACGCGAGCGCCGAUAGCUGCUGCUCGUGUAAGUGUGGAACGAAACCCUGUAGGGUUUCGAGCGAUCAGGCGGUAGUGGAGUGUUUCGAUGUGGUCGAUACCUCGGGGGUUAGCUCCGCGACAGCCGCGACAUCUCUCGAGAGCAUCUUCGGCGUCACGACGCCGUAUUCGUAG